AUGACGCAAGACACAGAUAGUGGGGAGGAAGUGAUGGCCAGUGGACCGGAUAAGAGUGUUGCUAACAUUUAUGAGUCCGGGAUCGAAAAUGUUUUGAAAGAGAACGAUGCAGUGGGAGAUGAUAAUGAGCAUCUUCCGACCGAGACGCAUCCUUCUGGGUCGUCCUCUACGCGAAUUAUUGAGACACUUCACGAGAAAGUGGACACGCUGACUAGCACGAAUUUGCAGCUCACGUUACAGUCGCACACGCUGCUGGAAAAACUGGAUCAUGCUCAGAAAAGGGAGAUAAAGCUCAAUGAAAACAUCUCCCAUUACAAUCAUGAAAGAGAUAAUUUAAACUCAAUGCUGCAAAGGAAGAAAAGGAAGAUCAACGAGCUGCAGGGGGAGAUCGAUGAGCUGGUUCAGACCUUUGAUUCUCUGCAGACAAGCAAUUCUACUUUGGAGAAGGAAAUUGAAGAGAAUAGUGCAUUGGUCGACGACUACAAAGAAAAAACAGCCUCAUUGACGAGGAAUUACGAUACGGUAUUACAGGCCCAGGACAGUUAUACGUCUCAUUUUGAAACAGAGAUCCAAUCUCUCGUCGAACAAAUCAAGGCCAUAAAGGCACGCCAAACGCUAAAACUAAAGUGUGAUUACGGGCCAAACCAUGUAAUAGAAGACCAGUUGCUCAAAUUCAAGAAACUCUCCAUAAAUUCCACCACCCCCGUCUCUGAAAGCAGGCACAGUUUAAUAGAAACCAUACUAAAACAAAAAGCACAACAAACUUUGAAACAGCUGGACCUACCGUCUUGGUUGACUCUUUUCAGAGUGAGCGAGAACAUCGCGAAAGAAUAUGCCGAGAAAAACGGCUUAGAUCUCGAGGCGCUUGAUGUAAAGCAAGUAAUGAGCAAGGAGAACAUGGACGAAAUAAAAACGGUAGAAUCAGGUUUGUCUCAGGAAGAGGACACUAUUACAAUCAAGAAGAGACAGAGGCAAUUGCCCAAUUCCAGAACUCCCUCUGGUGGCAGUCCAUCGACAUUUGGCGGGCAAUCGCCCAAAGUGGGCGGGAACAGUUCAAUUAGAAGCACGUUUUACGGGUCGUCCACAAUCGGGAAAAAACCGAACAGCAUUAAUACACCAUCUACACCUUCGGUCGCACUACCAGGUGUAAAAAGACCGGGACAGGGGCUGAAUCGUGCAAAACCGCAGGGCAACGGUGGUACAACAACGAAACCUGCCAUACCGAUUGACCAACGGAGAAAGCGAAACAGUGUGACACACAAUUGA